AUGGAUUGGCGUACCACCACCGCCGUCCUCUGUCUCUACGGAGCUGUAAAGGAGUUCCGUCCGGCGACACCGUUCCUCACUCCAUUCCUAGCAUCCCCUGAGAAGAAUCUGACUCUCGACGAAUUAUACUCUCAAGUCUAUCCCUAUUGGACGUAUUCCUACAUGAUGGCCUUGAUUCCGAUGUUUGUAUUGACCGAUAUUCUGAGAUAUAAACCGAUAGUGAUGAUUGAAGCAAUCGGAUUAGUUGCCACGUGGGCAUUGCUGGUUUUUGGAAAAGGAGUCACUCAAAUGCAGAUUAUGCAAGUCUCGUUUGGCGUCGCGUCUGCCGCUGAAAUCGCGUAUUACUCCUACAUUUACUCUAUUGUCGAUCGAAAACACUAUAAACGAGCUACAUCUUACAUCAGAUCCGCUGCAUUAUUCGGAAAAUUAGUGGCAUUUGGUCUUGGACAGACCCUGAUUUCAACGCAUACUUCAAAUUACUUGGUUCUCAAUCAAAUUUCACUUGGAGCUGUCUGUCUGGUGACUGUAAUUGCGGUUUUCUUGCCACGUGUCAAAUCGGAAAAAGCGAAAGUUUCGAUGAGAGCGUUGUCGAUUGAGGAGCAGCAAAAUUUGGAACUAGUCACCUCUUCACCCAAAGAAAAACAGCUCAGCUACACCCAAGAAUACCUGAAACGCUCCCUAGAAGAGCUCAAAACAUGCUCAAAAAACCACGAACUCCUCAAGUGGUCUCUCUGGUGGGCUCUAGCCAGCUGUGGUGUUUAUCAAGUCCAAAAUUACACACAAUCACUAUGGAAAGAGAUGCAAACGGAUCCGGAUGACGUGGCGAAUGGCGUCGUCGAGUUUGUGAACACCGCGCUCGGCGCGUUUCUCUCGUUGUUCAUCCAUCAUUUGUCUAUCAAUUGGGCACGUCACGGACAGAUGAUUCUUUUUGUGACGUCUGCAAUUGUGGCUGGAUUACUGUAUGUGUGUUCGCAGACGCAGACGGUGAUGGUGGCUUACGUGGCGUAUGUGGUGAUCGCGUCGAUUUAUCACAUGUUGAUCACUGCUGCUUCAGCCAACGUGGCGAAAGAGCUGUCAUCUAACAAUCAUGGGUUGAUAUUCGGGUGCAACACAUUUCUGGCGGUUUGCCUUCAAUCGAUACUUACACUGGUCGUUGUCGACUCACGGUUCUUGCAUUUGGGUAUUAGGACACAAUUCGUCAUCUACUCCGGCUACUUUGCCAUCGUCGCCUUGAUAUUCGCCGUCUUCUUCGUGAUCUCGCUAUUUUCGAAAAAAACUGAAAAUGAGACCAGCUGA